GUUAGUCACUUGCCGACCUCUCUUCUUCGGAUUCUCACACGACCCGACCCGAAAGGUCGGAGCGGUUCCAGCGGAGUGCGUCGUGGCUGCGCUGGAGGCUCACGGGAUCCGUAACACGAGCGUGGUUGGGCCGAGCUACGGCGGUUUUGUGACGUACGGGAUGGCGGCGAUGUUCCCGGAGAAGGUGGUGGUGUGCUGCGCCGGAGUUUGCUUGGAAGACAAGGACAUGGAUGUGGAGGGAAUGUUUUGGGUGAAAAGUGUUGAGGAGGUUGCUCCUGAGAAGGUUAGGGAACUGAUGCACCUUACCUUUGCCAAACCAAAUAAACUCGUGCCGACAUGUUUUCUCAAAUAUUUCAAUCAAGCGCAGGUGAUGUGUACCAAGUAUCGCCAGGAGAGGAAAGAACUCAUCAAAGCAUUGCACCAGGAUAGAAGAAAACUGUCUAAUCUUCCUAAGAUAACUCAGGUAUUCCCACUGGAGUUUAGCACACAGACUGAAGAGAUGGCCAUUUCACCUUUUGGUAGUACAUCAGCUACUCAAUGGGGAAUUCGUCCUCAGAUUUUUGCGGGAUCGACUGGGAUGGGGAAGAUUGCAUCAUCUAAGAACAAUGUUUCAAACAGGAUAAGCUUUAUGGCUGCCCCAAGUUCAAGCUUCUUUUCUCGAGAUUCCUCGCGUGCACUUUUUGAUAAAGGUUCAUCGCAAAACUUGCAUGGUCGCAGGGGAUCGAGGUUGAUAGUUAGAGCAGAUGCAGAUUACUAUUCUGUCCUUGGGGUCUCAAAAAAUGCUAGUAAAUCUGAAAUCAAGAGUGCUUAUCGGAAGCUUGCGAGGAGUUAUCAUCCUGAUGUGAACAAAGAACCUGAUGCAGAAAAGAAAUUCAAAGAAAUUAGUAAUGCAUAUGAGGUCUUGUCAGAUGAUGAGAAAAGAUCCAUAUAUGACACAUAUGGAGAGGCUGGCCUUAAAGGUUCAGGAAUGGGCAUGGGGGAUUUCAGCAAUCCUUUUGACCUAUUUGAGACACUGUUUGAGGGCAUGGGUGGUAUGGGGGGCAGCAGAGGUUCUUGGAAUGGAGCAGUUGAGGGUGAAGAUGAGUAUUACAGUCUUGUUUUGAACUUCAAAGAAGCUGUUUUUGGGGUCGAAAAGGAGAUUGAGAUUCGGCGAUUAGAGAGCUGUGGAACUUGCAAUGGUUCGGGGGCUAAACCAGGAACCAAAUCAUCCAAGUGUAGCACUUGUGGUGGUCAGGGCCGGGUUGUCCAAUCUACAAGGACUCCAUUAGGCAUUUUUCAGCAGUCUAUGACUUGCUCUUCUUGCAACGGAACUGGAGAAAUUUCAACACCUUGCAGUACAUGUUCCGGGGAAGGUCGAGUGAGAAAGACAAAGAGGAUAAGUAUCAAGGUUCCUGCUGGUGUUGAUUCUGGCAGCCGGUUAAGGGUCCGAAAUGAAGGUAAUGCUGGAAGGCGUGGGGGUCCUCCUGGUGACCUUUUUGUUGUUCUUGAAGUUAUCCCAGAUCCAGUGCUUAAACGGGAUGACACAAACAUUUUAUACACAUGUAAGAUAUCUUAUAUUGAGGCAAUCUUGGGGACUACAGUUAAGGUUCCUACUGUAGACGGCAUGGUAGAUUUAAAAAUCCCAGCUGGGACUCAACCAAGCUCAACACUUGUUAUGGCCAAGAAAGGUGUUCCCCUGCUGAAUAAAAAGAAUCUGAGGGGUGAUCAAUUGGUUAGGGUGCAAGUUGAAAUCCCCAAAAAACUGAGCAAAGAUGAGAGAAAACUUAUUGAGGAACUUGCUGAUUUAAGCAAAGGCAAGACUGCUACCACCAGUGGUAGGAGAUAA